AUGGCUUCUGGGCUCGUUAGAAUUGCUUUCGAGUGUGAUAAAGAUGAUGAACAAAUCAAGAAAGUUGAAAAUUCACGAAGGCUCUUGGAAGAGGGUGUUUGGAGGACUUUCUGCAAUGGGAAGAAGUGUGGUUUUGCGACUAAAAGGGAAUGUGGAGAGAAAGAAUGGAGAGUUCUGAAAGCUGUAGAGCCGAUCUCCAUGGGAGCUGGUGUGUUGCCUGCAGGUGAUGAAGAAGAUGAAGGCAUGGAGAGCCAGAUAAGAGAUAUAGUUUCCUCUUUGGAAAUGGAUGUUGAAGAUGUUCGUGUGAUAGGUAUCAAGGGGAUUGGAGGUGGUGGGAAGACGACUUUGGCAAGAGCUGUUUUUGACAAAAUAUGUUUUUUGUUCGAAGGAAAAAGCUUUGUUGAGAACAUAAGGGAAGUUUCCAAAGCAUCAUUGUCUGGGUUUCGAUCGCUGCAAGUACAAGUACUUUCCAAUGUUUUAAAUGAUAGAAGUUUCACUGUUGGGAAUGUUCAUGAAGGGAAAAGCAUAAUCAAAAAGAUGUUGUGUGGCAAAAAGGUUCUUCUUGUUUUAGACAGCGUGGAUCAUUUAGACCAAUUGGAUGCAUUAGCUGGUGGGAUUAAUUGGUUUAAACAAGGAGGUAGAAUUAUUAUUACAACAAGAGAUGAGCAAGUGCUCAAAGUAGACCGAGUGAAACGAAAUCAUGAUAUCAAUCGGUUGUCACAAGAUGAAGCAACAUGCCUCUUCAGUAGGAAUGCAUUUGGUAGAGAUAUUCCGAUUCAAACAUACAAAGAUCUCACACUCGAAGUUGUACAUUAUGCUGCUUGUCUUUCUUUAAUAAUCAAAGUUUUGGGUUCAUUUCUCUGUGGUAAAGAAAAUCCUGAAUGGAAAGAUUUACUAAAAGGACUAAAAAGAAUUCCAUUGAAAGAAACUUUAGAAAAAUUGGAAUUAAGCUAUACUAGUCUAGAGGAUGACUACAAGGAAAUAUUCCUAGAUGUUGCAUGCUUACUGAAAGGCUGGAAUAAAGAACGAGCAAUUAGAGCACUAGAUAGAUGUGGAUUUCAUGCUAGGAAUGGUUUAAGAGUUCUCGAACAAAAGUCUCUCAUUACUAUUUCUCCUGAUCAGUAG